UGAGACAGAAAAAGACUAUAAAAGACUGUUACGACUGUUGACAACUUUUAGUCCGGUUAGUGUGGUUUCCUGGCAAGAUCCUGACAGUGACCCGGUUGCUCGUGAUGUGAACAAACGUGGAGAAUAGACGCGAUAUAUAUUUUUUUUAAAUCACGAUCACAAGAAGAAAAAAAUACAUAGAAAACAGUGAUAUAUGAUCAGCGGAACAAGCCGAAGCGGCAAAGUUCAGUGGAAUAACAGCAGCAGAAGCCGUCGCCACCAGCAGCAGCACCACCGCUAUCGUUGCCGUCGCCAGGAGCAGGGACAGCUAGAACCUCGGAUAACACAAUCCAGGGCUGUUACUGGCUGGUCCAACUCCGUCGUCACCAGUUACCAUCACAGAAGUGGCGGUCGCAAUCGUUGUACCUUAUAACGAUCGCACCCGCUAAACGAGCGACGACAACGACUUUACGAUCAUCGUUCGUUUUCUUCGUCCUUCCUUACUCUCGAUCAUUCUUCCUUGGUCCCAAUUUUUCCACCCAUCGACAACUUACUCACCUGUCCUGCACGCGCAAUAACAGCACAAGUACUAAGUCCUUGGUUCGCUGCCUAAUUUGAUUUACACCAAGGAAUCAUCCCACUACAGCGCUGUCAAAGCACACGUGGAUAGGGUGCGCGGGGUAUAACUGCGGUGUGCCGGCCAAAGCAUUGUGAAGAAGAAAAAAAAAUAAUCAAAUUAUUCAGUGUCUACCCGCUCGGUGCGUUGAGUGGAAUAUAUAUUCGUGUUUGCACCAAAGCACAGGACAACCGUGCAGGAAACGUGAGUCCAGUGUGGCAACUAUUUCCAGUUAGACCACCGGAAGGACCCACAGCAAAAUUGCUAAAGUGUGAUCCUUCACACUUAGCACCACACACACUCAAUCAUGGAGUGUUGCCUGUCCGAGGAGGCCAAAGAGCAGAAGCGUAUCAAUCAGGAGAUUGAGCGGCAGUUGCGACGAGACAAACGGGAUGCCAGGCGUGAGCUGAAGCUGUUACUAUUAGGUACUGGUGAAUCGGGUAAAUCUACGUUCAUCAAACAGAUGCGUAUUAUCCACGGUAGCGGUUACUCGGACGAAGACAAGCGUGGCUUUAUUAAACUAGUGUACCAAAAUAUUUUUAUGGCAAUGCAGUCGAUGAUUCGGGCGAUGGACCUGCUGAAGAUACAGUACAGUGAUCCAGCGAAUAUGGAACACGCGGAGCUGAUACGAAGCGUGGAUUUUGAAACGGUGACCACAUUUGAACCACCAUAUGUUCAAGCAAUCAAGGAUCUGUGGGCUGAAGCCGGUAUCCAAGAAUGCUACGACAGGAGGAGGGAGUAUCAGCUAACAGAUUCAGCCAAAUAUUACCUUAUGGAAAUAGACCGUGUGGCGGCGACCAACUAUCUUCCGACGGAACAAGACAUUCUGAGAGUGCGUGUGCCCACGACAGGAAUUAUCGAGUAUCCCUUCGAUCUGGAGGAGAUCCGGUUUAGUUACCUAAGCGAUCUGGCACGUAUCGAAGCUGAAGAUUACCUCCCAACCGAGCAGGAUAUUCUGAGAGCUCGAGCACCGACAACCGGAAUCCUAGAGUAUCCGUUCGAUUUGGAUAGUAUUGUAUUUAGAAUGGUUGACGUCGGAGGACAAAGAUCUGAAAGAAGGAAAUGGAUUCAUUGCUUCGAGAAUGUGACAUCGAUCAUCUUCUUAGUGGCGUUGUCAGAGUACGAUCAGAUUCUGUUUGAGUCCGAGAAUGAGAACCGUAUGGAGGAAUCGAAAGCUUUAUUCAAGACUAUCAUUACGUAUCCAUGGUUCCAACAUUCAUCGGUAAUUCUGUUCUUGAACAAGAAGGAUUUGCUGGAGGAAAAGAUAAUGUAUUCGCAUUUGGUAGACUACUUUCCAGAGUAUGAUGGACCACAAAGAGACGCAAUAGCUGCCAGAGAAUUUAUACUCCGUAUGUUUGUAGACUUGAACCCAGAUUCGGAGAAGAUUAUCUAUUCGCAUUUCACAUGCGCAACCGAUACCGAAAACAUUAGGUUUGUGUUCGCUGCCGUAAAGGAUACGAUACUGCAGUCUAAUCUAAAGGAGUACAAUUUGGUUUGAACUACAAUAUCGUCUUCGCCAUGGUCAUCGUCUUCAGCAUGGCUGGUACCGGAACACCGCCUCUACUCUUUUCCUAGUACGAGUUGCAGCAGCCGCAGCAGUAGCAGCAGCGGAAGCAACAGUAGAUGUAGUCGUAAUAGUAGUAACAGUAGCAACAACCGCAGCUAUAAAAUAGCUGCAAUGUUCACCAUCACCUUCACUACGACCCUUUCAAUGUAACCAAAGAUCACCAGGACAGGGGAACAACACCACAAAAAAACUACUCUCUGUGUGAUCCUCGUUGCCAAAAAAAUCACAUCCUCUUCAUCGACUGCAACAACAAAACGGCACCGCCGAAGGUAAACCAGCUAUAAUGCAUGAGCAAAUAGUCAGGUUGCUACCAGAUUGGUUGAAGGGACACUGAAGCUACUUUUACUGUACAGCAAACAAUAGAACGAUACGCUAGAACAAAAAAAACUACCGCAUAUUACCGAAAGACAAAUAUAUUCGCACACAAUUUACAUUGAAAGUCAAAGAGUGAUGUUAACAAUCACGCAUACCCACAACCAUUAAAUGAAUAAUUGAGUAAAAGUGACUAGAAUACAGCGCAGAUUCGAUGGAAAUGAAUUUCCAUGUAUUAACAAAAAAAGUAGCACUCAGACGGCGGAAGCAAACUUGCAUUGUAGACCGAUCGAACACAUUAAAAACAAAGUGAAAAUUGAGAUUAAGCCAUAACUUGCCAGUUUUUUAUAUAUACAUAUUUCGACACUUUCUUUUAUCGCCAAAUUCACAUCAUGCUCACGAAACGAGACUUUUCAGCAGAUCAGAAUGGAAUGGAAGUUUCCUUUCGCGCGCCCGUUUGGAAUGGCUAUUAUUGUCGUAUUUUAGUGAUAAUGAUGCAAUGCCAGCACAACCAUUUUAUAUAAUGAAAAAAAUUGAUAGAUUCGCUUCGUUUUACACUGACAAACUAAAGAAAGGAAAAAAAGUGAAACAUUUUAGUUUUUGUGCAUUUCUUAACUAAUAGGGAUCACCGUUUAGGAUACACGCUAAAACGAAAACUGAGGUUAGUAGAAAUCAUUUCAAAACAAGGAAAACGAGUGCACCGUGCAUACAUACUAAAGUGUAAUAGAAGCGAUAGCUUUUUUACUCUAUUUUGUUUUGUUGUUGAACCCUUUCCUCAAUUUACCACUUUGAGUUGAUGGAUGUUCGAGUCUGUACAGUUCUCUGUUUUUUAUGAAUCGUUUAGAUUAUAUUUAUUUAAUUUACGUUUUAAAUUAAAUUAUUAGUUCUUUAUAUCGUACAUUGUUUUCUUCAUACAUAUCUUCCGUUUUUUGCGCGUUUGAUGAUUUUGUUUGUUUAUUUUUUUUUAUUAUGAUUGAAUAGUUCAAACAACACGUACAUACUUACGGCGAUAAUUUAGCACUUUUUGCAACUACACAGUGGUGCAUGUAAUGCGCUGAAAAAUAAAACAAGGUAACAAUCCGCACACCCACGCAUACACGCAUACCUAGGUACACGAAACUGCAUUGAAAGAAAGGAUAAAUGUUUAUAUAUUUAUACAUAUACAUAAAAGGAGAAUAUACAAAACGUAAAACUAUUUAUUCAGCAAAUAUUUAGAAUUAUUUUUCAGCACAUUAUCAUAAUUGAAUGUAUUUAGCUCGGUAUUUAGAAAUGGUUGCGUUUUUAAAUCCGGAUCUUCACUGUUCACUGGCUUGUGCUGUUCGGUGCUAGCAGCAUCGUUUAUUACACACUAACACCGACCAGCAGUGGCAAAUGAUAGCACCCAGAAGAAUCCGUUCAGUCCCAAAAUUUAGUUGUAAUUUUUACGUAACUAUGACUGUGAGAUAAAAUAAUAAUCAUUUACGCAUAUUACUUGUAUUAAACAUUAACGGUUUAUAUUGUUUAUUGUUUAAACUUUGAUCUAAUCCUCUACGUUCGAAAAAAGAAAAGCAAAACAGCUGGCAAAGCGGCAUCCAUAUGUUCGCUGCUCGUACUGUUAGGCAACCCCGCAGCCGUCACCAUUAUUCGAUGUACAAUACUGUAUAAUGUAUAAUAACCGCUUAUUUCAUUCUAUUCACGGUUUAUUUUGUUUUUAACGAUGUGUUUUUUUCACACGACGAAUAUAAUUAAGUGUAUAUACCUUUAUUGUUGUGUUUUUAUCUUUUAUUUGAAUCGUUCUUCUCCUGCAUUGUUCCUAUUGAGAACUCGUUCGCUAUUUUUCAUUGGGAUAAACAUGAGAAGAAGAAAAAAUCAGUCAAAUUCGUACUACCAAUUUUCCGGAACGAAAAUGAGACCACAUUCGCUGGCUAAUUUUGUUUCAUAAAAAGUAAGCAUAAACCCAUUUUAAUGUGUAAUAUUAUUCAUAAUUUUAUAAUUAACUUAAAUGGUAAACAAUUGAAAUUAACCGAAAGAAUCUUUUCUAUACGAGAAGACGAACAGUGGAGGUUGCAAGUAAACCAGAAGAAACGUGUAAAUAUUUCACAUAGAUUCUGAAAAGAAAAAGAAAUGAAAAUACUGAUAACUCAGUCCAGUUGGUGCGCGUACCGACAGUGGCCUGUACUUCAGUUCUUUGAAUGAGUAUUUUGUGCUGCUUUUCUACCCUCAAAUUGCGCUGUUUCGUACAAUUUCCGAACCAAAAUGAAUUACGAAUUAUGCUGAAACAACAAUGUGGAAAACGAUGCAGAUCAUUCACACUUGCUUGCCACACAUACACAUUUACAGAGGAGUAAAAAAAAGCGGGGGGCGUAUGAUAGCAGUAUGUCUCCAGGAUCAACGGCAACCAAGAAAGGUCUAGUAUUACACAUAAUACCCGUUUUCACACCACUCGAUUAGGCAAAAAUCAAGCAAAAAAAUAUGAAAAAGAGAAUAGUCACUAAGACGAACAAGGCAAAUAUCGAUCGAAAAAAUGCGUAGACAUUUGCUUCUUCUUUAAAAACAAAAUAAGGAAUCAACUAUUUAUAGGGAAGUCAUAGAGCAACGAAACAAGCUAAAAGUAAUUGCAAAACAGACAUUUUGCUCUAUUUUGUACGACACGAUAAAAAACCUCUCUGCGGUACGUAAAAAUAAAUGGAAAAUAAAAUCAGCAUAGGCUUUAGAUAGUUAGAUUAAAUAAUUUUGAUUGGCCCGAUAAUUCAACAACCAUGUGAAAUUGUUAUGGGUGAAGUUUCACGAUUAUCCUAGGUUUGUCUUCUCCUACACUGUCGAUCUACACGCAUAAUAGUCCUAUGUAUAUGAGAUGAAUCCCAUAGAAACAUGGGACGUAUAUGCGUAUGACGGCAGUAAUCCACAUUUAUCGAUUGUUUGCAGUGGUUUAUCGUUCGAAAUCGAACUGUCAGAACCAAGAAAAAAAACCUUUCGUUUGGUAUUCAUUGCUUGUUUUUAUAACCAAUAACGCAAAUGAAACAAAGUGAAAUCUAAUUGUGAUUGUUCCCAGUGAAGAAGCUAGGAAUAUAACGAAUUAUGUUCGUGUCAAGAGAACAACAAGAUCAGUGGUGACAUUUCUGCACGAUACAUACCUACCCGCGACAUCAUUCUACGUGUGUUAUGUUUUUGGUUUACUUCGCAUUGUCUGUUUUUCGACGAUUCGAGUCCUGUACAUACUUUUCAAUAAAACGUAUUUUAAAAUUGUGUUUUUUCACACGAUUCCACGUUGAUCCAGUGUAGAAUCUAUCGUCCUUUAUAUGUAUUAUCAUCAAUCAUUGCUAACUAUAACAAAAAUCACGCCUUUUCCUUGCUUCUUUAUCAGCUGGAAAAUGAAUCACCUUUUAAUGCGCGGUAACUG